CCCUUUCGACGACGAAGCAUAGUCAUCCAGUCUCCGUCUAUCCAACACGCGCGUCCCAAUGAGCCGUCCCAGAUGAGUUGGAAUCUGCUAGAGCGCUUCCUAGAGUCGGAUCACUUCAACCACGAUCCUUCGCUCACCGUCGCCUACCUUUCUCGAUAUGCAGAACAUGUCGGCAUCCAUUAUGUUCUCUGUUCCAAGCUGCGCCAGUUCGCCUACGAGGAAAUCGAGUUCUUCCUUCCACAGCUAUGCCACUUGCUCAUCAGCGUCGACAACGAGUCGAUGGCCUUGGAGGAGUUCAUCAUAGAUCUAUGUGAAGAGUCGGUAAACGGCGCGCUUCUGACCUUUUGGUUGUUCCAAACCUACCUCCACGACCUGGCCUCUGACCCCAACUCGCACUCCUUCAAGACAUGCCGGAGGAUAUACAACAAGGUCCAGCGCAUCGUCUUCGGCUCGGCUGAGCCCCAACGGCGCGAAAAGAUCAAAGAAAACAUCCUCCCCGUCACCGUCCUGUCAAGUUUGGUGCUAGCUAGUGUAGCAGCACCUUUCCUCCCUAAGCAUGCAGGUCCAUUGGCAAUUGCGCAAGCCCGCAAACCGCGGCCCCUCGAUGACAUGAUUUCAGACAAUGUGCAGACGGCAAAAGUCGGCAGGAGCCACACCAUUGCGGGAGGGGCGCCGCGUCCCAGGCGCUCGAAACCUACAGGAGGCAAUUCUGAUCCUGAGGAUGGGAGAUCCCCGAGGAUACCGGCGCCGCGCCCGAAGGAUGUGGAGCGACUGGAAAGAAAAAAGGCCGCCCGACCUGGACUUGCGGAUCGAGUACCUUCAGCGCAGCCUUACAGACACAGUCUUCUCGCUACAAGCGCAGAAGCACGGCUUAGCUCGUCAUCACUGCCUGAUUUCAAGAAUCCCGCUACUUCGCCUCUUCCCACUCCUCCCCCUACAGCUGGUCUGGGUCACAGACCGGAUCACCAUAGGUCUCAUAAGCAGCAUGUUCCAAGGCCCCUGACACCAACAGCCUUGUCGUUGUCGCAGAAGCGCCGCCUACUACGAUCCAAUUACUUCCGCAAUCAAACUCAGUUCUUGAGCGCGCUCGAGGACAUUUCAAAUCGUCUCGUGAUUGUGCCUAAACCGGCUCGACUGAGUGCGCUGAGGGCCGAGCUCGCCUUGAUCACGCAAGAUCUCCCGGCAGAGGUUGAUAUACCUGUGAUAUCACCCGCGACCCUAGAAGACGGAAUUCCGUCACGAAGCCAGCACCAUCGUAUUGUGCGGAUCAACCCCGCAGAGGCGACCAGUUUGAACAGUGCUGAACGUGUGCCCUAUUUGCUCAUGGUCGAAGUUCUGCAAGAAGAUUUCAACUUUGAUCCGGAAACGGAGCAAAAUAAGCAGCUUCUGGAAAAACUAAUGUUGGAGAAGGGCACUUCAAAGCGUCGUUUGUUCGAUAUCACUCACUCUGAUCAUGUUGGUAACGGGAGGACUCCCACGAAUGGGUCUGAUAGCGUUUUCGAGCCAUCCACCGGUGAUCUUGGUAGCACAUCGCUCAUCAAAGGGCUGGAUGAAGGCGACAUCACCUCAGGAGUGGCAGGUAUCACGCUGCCCAGUGCGGCGGCUACCGCCAAAACUGCACCUGCCAGGUCUUCAAGCGGCGCAAACACAAUGUCAUCCGUUGCAGGACUAUCCACCCCCCGAACUUCAGACAUGGAACUGAGCAGAUCAAGCAGUCCAGGCCCCCGAAAGACGACUCUCCCGGUUAGCCGUGGAACCCAGAGCGGUGAUCAACCGGACGUUUCUGCUCUUGCUACUCACAUGAGAACAGCGGCCCAGAUGUUGGCUCAGCUGGAAGCAAGCGGUUCCAAGCGCCCCAAGGCCGAAGUGGCUGCCAUCAAGGCCAAGAUUAUUGCAAGCAUGCAGAGUAUGGAAGAGCAAAACUUCCUUGCAGAGGAGGCAGGGCCUACAUUCGACACCAUCAUGGCGGAAAGCGAUGCAACCGAAAUUUCUGCCGAGCCGGAAGAGCUCGAGGAUGGGUUGGCAGCACCUACCAACACUGGUGCAGGGGCAGCCCGCAUGGAAAACGAUUUGAAGACAGGUGGCGUGCAACGCCAAGGCGACCGUGAUGAUCCCAGUGCUGCAACAUUUGGUGAAGAGUGGAGUGCUAAACGAGAGCGAAUACGGCGAUCCUCUCCCUAUGGCCACAUGAAGAGCUGGGACCUCGUUAGCGUCAUUGUGAAGACGGGAGCUGAUCUCCGACAGGAGGCUUUUGCUUGCCAGCUUAUCCAAGUGUGCGGCAAGAUUUGGGAAGAGGCCAAUGUUCCGGUGUGGACAAAGCGAAUGCGCAUCUUGGUCACAGGCGAAUCAUCCGGGUUGAUUGAAACAAUCACGAACGGAGUAUCCCUACAUUCGUUGAAGCGGAGUCUCACGCUGGCCAGCAUAGCGGCGGGCACGAAUCCUCGGAAGCGCAUUGCCAGUCUUCAAGAUCAUUUCACCAAGUCCUUUGGCGAGCCAGACUCGAGUACAUACAAGGCAGGCGUUGACGCGUUCACACGGUCUCUGGCGGCGUACAGCAUCAUAUGCUAUGUUCUACAGCUCAAGGACCGGCACAAUGGCAAUCUGCUGAUUGACAACAUGGGCCACAUCAUCCACAUUGAUUUUGGCUUCAUGCUUUCCAACUCGCCAGGCAGCAUGGGAUUCGAAGCGGCGCCAUUCAAGCUCACACAGGAUUACGUGGACGUGCUGGGAGGGCUAACAUCGCCAGCGUUUGAAGAGUUCAAGAGCCUGUGCAAGCGAGCAUUCCAGUCGCUGCGAAGAGAAGCCGAGCGGUUCAUCAUGCUCGUGGACAUGAUGGGAAAGCAGAGCAAGAUGCCGUGUUUUGCAGCGGGGGCGGCGGGCGUCACGAAUUCAUUGCGAGCGCGCAUGAUGUUGCAUUUGAGCAAGGAGGAAGCCGAAGUGUUUGUAGAAGAGCUGAUUGCGAAGAGUGUGGGAAGCUAUUAUACCCGACUUUAUGACACGUUCCAGUACCGCACGCAGGGCAUCUAUUGAUUUU